AAUGAGACGCUCGACUCGAAAAAGGAAUCCGCCUGCCAGACUUGAAGACGAUGACGAACCGCCGCCACGAAAAAGGCAGCCACAAAAAAGAUCACAACCCCCGACAGCUCAUAAGGUACAUACACCGCCUAGGGGACCUACACAGCAACAUGGGUUACAUUCUUCGGCUACAGCAUCGCCUAAUUCACAUACGUCCACGUCAAGGGCACCUACACUACCAGCAAGGGCACGUACAUCAUCGCCUGUAACAGCCAUACCACAACAAGCGGACAUGGCGCAGCAGUGUUUGAAGCAAGACAUCCAGUUGACAAAUCGACAAGACAAAAUGAGACGCUCGACUAGAAAGUGGAAACCGCCUGUCAGACCUGAGCACCAUGACAAAACGACGCUACGGAAAAGGCAGCCACAAGCAAUGCAACCUCAUAGGGCACAAAUAAUUCAAAGGGAAACCAAGCGGCAAUGUUGGUCACCUUCUGUUGCUACCUCAUCGUCUAGACCACCUACGCCUCCGACUAGGGCGCCUACACCUCCGCAUGUAAUAUCCAUAACACCACAAGUUGAAAUGGCGCAGCAGUUGUUGGAGCAGAACAUUCUAUUGGUAAAUGAACAAGGUAAGAAACAAUCAAUACUAAAUGUCAUAGCUUUGCUCAGGGAAUGUACUCCUAAAAAAGUAAAAGAAAGAAUACACAUAUUCCUUUUGUGGUCAUGGCUACAUUGUUGGACAGAUAUAACAAUAGCGACAUUCCACAUAACGACAAAAGAGAAAAAACACCUGAUAAACCAAUGA